AUGACCAGCGCUGACAACCUGAUCCUAAUUAACCGCUGUACAGAUCCACCGGUAGUGAGGUUGACCAUUGGUCGAGGACUUGACCCUUCGGCGAUCAAGGAGGGCGCUGAUGUCUACUUCACCUGCCGCGGAACGGAGGUUUUGCCACAGAAGAAGGAGGACGGCGGUGUGCUGGUGACGGAGGAUUCGCUGGUUCUGCAGAAGGUAACCCGUGACGUGAGCGGGCGCUACUCCUGCAGGGCCACCAAUGCUCGGGGCUCCCACACCAGCAACGCAGUGCCCCUCGACGUCCUCUACGAGCCGCGCUGCGUGAUCCGGUCCCGCGUGGUGACGGUGACCCCGGGGGACAACGUGACCCUCGAGUGCGACGUGGACGCCUUCCCCUCGCCCAGGCGCUUCUCCUGGUCGCUCAACACCACCAAGGGCCUGCACGUCGUGCCCAAGGACGAGUACGAGGUCUCAGGGAGCAGCUCGAGGUAUCAGUACUCGACUCCCUUGACUCUGAAGAAGACGAUCGCCCUGUGCUGGGCCAUCAAUGACCUGGGCACUCUCCAGGAGCCCUGUAAAACGACCCUUGUUGCAGCAGGAUCCCCUGAUCCCGUGGAGGAAUGCGUGGUCGUGGAGCAGAGGUCCUCGCUCAGAGUGUCUUGUGAGCCAGGAUUUGACGGCGGAUUAGAGCAGCACUUUAUUGCCCAGGUGGUGGAGCCAGUGCGCAAGCGCGUGGUGGCGAACGUGUCGGCCGCGACGCCCGAGUUCAGCAUCGGCGACCUCGCCCCGGGACUCGACUACGUGGUGCAGGUGUUCGCUUACAACAAGCAGGGCAGGUCGACCCCCUACCUGCUCGACGGCUUCUCGCUCAAGGUCGCCGAGAACCGCAUGGCGGGUCGGCCAAAGGAGCCUCGCCGCUUCUGGCUCUUUUCAUCGGGGUCGUGGCCGCCUUCGUGCUCACGCUUGCCGUCAUCAUCGCGGCCACGAAGCUACGCUGCCGAGUUCGCUUGCGGGCGCGAGGGCGCGAGGAGGCGGCGGGCGCCUCGCGCAGCGAUGACAGCGAGGACGAGGAGCUCCAGGCGCGCGACGGAGGGAAGGCCGGGGACAGCAGGAGGAGCUCGGCGGAGGUGAAGCUGAUGUCUGUCGUGCGGCAAGAGGAGCACGCCUUCGCGGAGGACAAGCUCAAGCAGCGGCAAGGGCCGGCGGUUCUGCACGCACAAGAUCCCGGCCGAGAGUGCUGUCAUUUCGAUACAAAAACAACGACUGAAUCAUUAUACAGCACAUGCAGUGGGCACAGGUGUGGGCUCGGCUGUCCGUCGCGAUCUUCUAUCCUGCUGUCCUCCUCCCUGCCCGCGUCCUCCCAACCUGCCUGCUGCGCUCCGGCGUGCGGGUCCUGCGACGUCGGGCGCGGGUCGCUUCCCAUGGGCGGGGGAGUGAACUAUGUUGGUGGCUCCGCAGACGCCUCUGGUGGGCUGCUGAGCGUGAUGAGUGGAUCUGCCAGCAUGUUAGGUGGAAGUAUGAGUUUGGUGGGCGGUCCCGUGUGCCCGAGGAGUAUAGUGGGAGCGCCGUGUGGGUCGCUGGAACAUCCUCUGAGCCAAUCAUGGCACCAGUAUGGCGGCCACUUACACUUGCCGGCUACCUCCCUGCCUCGUGACGCUGGAGUGGCCUGCACGCGGCGCCCGAGCGAGAGCUUUGUAUGACGGCGGAAGGAGACUGCCGACCACGUGGCUGCGGCCACGAGGCUGUCUGACGUGUAGAGCCGUCCUCGGAGUCUAGAACUCUCUGGAACACGUAGUCGGAGGAACGUUGUGACACGAGUUUCCACACAAAAUGUGAUAAAUUUCUGAAAUUUUCGCAUAAUGGAAUGCAGUGUGUUUAUAAUGGAUUUUAAGAAAUUGCUCUGACUUCCAAGUUUUCGUCCCCUCCG